UCUAUAAAUCAAACAAAAAAACUAUCCAUAUAUAUACAUUUCCAUAAAAAAUAGCUUUGGUUUUGGGUUCUAUGAAAGUCUCCAAAAACUGCUUCUUGCAAUACUUAAAUUAAUUUAUUAAAAAAAAACUUUAAAAGCUUCUUUUGGUGGAGAGAUGAGCUCCAAUCAUUUAGAGAUGAUGAGCAACCAUUUUACAGUGGAGAGCUCCAAUCAAAAUGAUCAGCAAGGACCAAUCAAUCCUUUUUUCACUGAGAGCUUUUGUUUUGAAAAGUUUGCUCAUUUUAAUGAAAUCCCUAGCUGUGUUUCACCUCCUCUUUACUCUUCAUUUCCUACCUUUAACAGAGGAGAUCCCAAGAGCUUGGGAGGAAGAAAGAGGAAAAGAGAAAAUGAAAGGGAUGAGGAGAAGCCAAAAGAAGUGAUUCAUGUGAGGGCAAAAAGAGGCCAAGCUACUGAUAGUCACAGUUUAGCAGAAAGGGUAAGAAGAGAAAAGAUAAACCAGAGGCUGAGAUUCUUACAGGACUUGGUUCCAGGAUGCUACAAGACAAUGGGAAUGGCAGUUAUGUUCGAUGUGAUCAUAAAUUACAUCCAAUCUCUGCAGAAUCAGAUUGAGUUCCUGUCCAUGAAGCUUUCAGUUGCUAGUCGCUAUUAUGACUUCAACAACAGCCCCGAGACUGAUGGCAUUGAGAUAUUGCAGGCCACAAAGGGGUGUGAUCAUAUGCAACAUGUGGAGAGGAUUGUACUUAAAGAAGGGUAUGGAGGGCCCUUUAACCACCACUCUACUUUGCCACCUCUCUAACUUCAAUACAAAAUAAUCUCAACACACUUCCUUUCCUUCUUUUCAAGCUAUAAUGCUUUAAAUUGUUUCCAUGAAAACACAUUACUAUAUAUAUAUGAUUAAAGAUAAACAAAAUAUAUGAUUUCAAUUAGUUAAUUGAGGUUAUUGUGAGUUUUAAUUUUACCCUUUUAAAGUUGAAUGUAAUAAAUCUCUAAAAGUAUAGACGAGAUAAAUUUUUUAUUGGUCAA